CAGACUAUAGAAGUGUGCUCUGCAAAAGUGCUCAUAAUCAUAAAUAUCCUCAUGCUAGUACAAAUAGGCCAUGGUCUGAGAAAACCUAUCAAGCUAACGCCUUGUUAGAGAGAAGUAAGAAGUAUUUCACUGCUCAGUUGAAAUGGUCAAUUUAAUCCCAAACCACAAGUAGGCCUGUUGGUGGAAAUUUCAGGAAUUAGAAAAAAGCUCCAAGGCUCCACACUCCACAUCAGUACGCUCUCUGGCCAAAAGUUUGUGGGCAUUAGUGAGCUCAGGCACUGAUGUUGGGUGAGGAGGUUUGGGGUGCAGUCAGCGUUCCAGUUCAUCCCGAAGGUGUUGAGUGGGGUUGAGGUCAGGGCUCUGUGCGCGACACUCGGGUUCUUCCACACCACCCGUGACAAACCAUGUCUUCAUGGAGGGAAACUGCAAUGCUACAGCAUACAGAGACAUCCUACACAGUUGUGUGCUUGCAGCUUUGUGGGAAGAACCACACAUAGGUGUGAUAAUCAGCUGUCCACAAACCAUUGGCUGUAUAGUGUAGCUAAAAUGUACACAUUAACAAACAGUGAGCCUGUGUAUCUGGAUAGUUGGAUUAUGCUCAUAAAGGGUCAGUGAAGUGUCUUUUACAGUUAAAGGGGUCCCUGGGUGAAAAAGUUUGUGAACCCCUGCUUUAUACUGCAGUGUGUUCAUCCUUUUAUUUGGUUUACAGUUAUUAUAAUUCUUGCCUGUAGUAAUGAAGGUGCUCUCGGUGUGUGAAAUGAGAGUGGGCGGUGUAUGUGUGUGUGUGAGUGUGUGUGUGUCCUCGCCAUUUCAACCCAGACCGGCGAGUUCUCAGAAACUACUGCAAAGGCCCCAGCUGUGACCUCCACACACCAGAAUGGUCAAGAUCUUUGUAGGGAACCUUUCCCCAAACACAACUACAGACGAGCUUCGGUCCUUGUUCUCCCAGUAUGGUAAAAUAUCCGAAUGUGACAUCGUGAAGAACUUCGGCUUCGUCCACAUGGAAAACAAAGCUGAGGCCGAGGAAGCCAUUCGCAGCCUUCACCAUUAUAUGCUCAACGGUCUGGCCAUGAACGUGGAGAUGAGCCGAGGGAAACCCAAAGCCUCCACCAAGCUCCAUGUAGGCAAUAUCAGUAGUAGUUGUACCAAUCAGGAGCUGCGGGCCAAGUUUGAGGAGUUUGGCCCUGUGGUUGAGUGCGACAUAGUAAAGGAUUAUGCCUUCGUCCACAUGGAGCGAGUGGAGGAUGCGAUGGAGGCCAUCCGAGGCCUAGACAACACGGCAUUUCAAGGCAAACUGAUGAGCGUGAAGCUUUCGACUAGCCGCCUGCGUACAGCACCGGGAAUGGGAGAGAGAACGGGUUGUUAUCGGUGCGGGCAGGAAGGCCACUGGUCCAAAGAGUGCCCACUGGACCAGAACGGCUCCUACCGCGAGGGCCAGGGCUCAGAGGGAUAUGGCGCUCCCCGGUUCGGUGCGAAUGGCGGUGGUGGUCGCGGUUUCCAACAGGGCUUCAAUGGCGAACCGAGCUUUGGCAGCAACUAUGGGCCUGUGCAAGGCUUCUCCCGUGGUGCUGGUUAUGGGGGUCCUGGGUAUGGCAGGGGCAUGGGCAUGGGCACGAGCACAAGCACGGGCACGGGCUAUAACGGUGCGAUGAGUUUCGGUGUUGCGGCGGGAUACGGCAUGGGCGCGACGUACGGCAGUGAGGCGGCAUACAGCAGCGGUGUCGGCUACGGCAGCGCGGUGCCCGGGUUCCCUGCGCGGCGAGCGUCCUAUGAUGAACGGGAUCCGUACGGGGUGGUGGACUACUACGAAAAGUAUCGUGCGCGUCCCUAUGGAGGCAGUUAUUUUGAUGACAGACAAGCUGUCCCGCUUCCCGGCCCUCCUCCUCCCCCUGCGUCCUCAGCCAUAAGCACAGAGCGCAUGCCCUCGUCUAGCCUUGACCUCUAUGAGCGAAACCCCCUCGCUCCUCCUCAGGCUCCGGGUUCUUCGUACUACGGCCGUGAUAGGAGCCCUAUUCGAAGGCUUCCUCUCGAGGUGGAAGGAUACGCGUAUGAUCGUGCGCAUGUCGCCCCCAUCUCUUCGCUUCCUCGGAGCUCGGCGUUCGACAUGCCGCGGGAUCCUUACACCGACCGGGCACGCUACGCGUAUUAAGCUAACAUCUGUGCGCGAUUCAUACGUGUGCACAACACAGACUAUACAGUACAUUGGAUGUUGAAAAAGCUCGUGAUGUUUCUGGACGCGUGUGUAGCAUUCUGUAUUGAGUAGUAGUCAUGCUAUCAUGUGAAAUGUCCUGUGGUCGAUUUUUGUUAUUGUUUAAGCUUACUCACACGGUGCAGUCAUAUUCCUAGCAGGAAAAUCCUUGAGUGCCCUAAUGAUUAACUGGUUGUGUUGUGAUGACUCUUGUUUUUUUUGCAGGUAUUCUUCAAUCAUGCCUCCACUGACACAGUCACUCAGUCAUCACUUUUAACCUUACAGUGAAUACUAUGGUGCUUGAGUGUGGUGGAGCAGAUUAGGUGCUUUAUUCUAGUAGUUGUAUGUUAUGUUCAGUAUUACUUGUAGGUGUUAUCAGAGUAGCAUUUUGCUAACAUUUUCAGCCUGGUUUUAGUUGGCUUUUUUUGUUUUUGUUUAUCUCCCAAGGAGAUAACACAACGCCUAAAUUCAUACGGAAUCCUGCUUGAGUAGACGGGACGAUUACACAUUUGGAAUUCUGUAAACUUUUACCUGUACUGUUAGGAAUGUAGGAAUACUAAUUAAGGAAUAAUCUCUAUAAUCCUCAACUGGGUGGGUUUUUUAAAUCUUGUUUUGAUGUUACAUGGUUUUUAAUGUAGAUACUGACUAAUCUACUUAAAAAUAUUGUAAUCUUAAAUCAGAAUUGGAGCAAAUCGAUAUGUAGUGUAUAGAAUAAAUCAGCUGAAACCAGGUUUAUAGCAGUUUUAGACCUGUAGAUUUUGAACCGAACCAGUAAAUAUCAGCCUUGAUCUGAAACGUCAGAUCGAAGAGCGGAGAAGUCAGAUCAAUUUCUUUGUGAUUUUCUUUCUGUGUUGAAACUGAUUAUGCUAUUAUUUCUGCUCUUGAUGCAGUGAUCUUUUUAAUACUGUUGGUUUUGUUAUCUCUGUGAGGAAACGAUCAGUUCACCUCUGUGCUUCAAAAUCUUUCAGCAUGAACAGUCAUCAUGAAGGCCAGACUCUACGGUAGUUCACACAAAUGUAGACUUCUGUUUGACUACAGUAAAUUUAUAGACCCCUUGGUAAAUGUAUAGAUCCGCACUAUAUAAAAUUAGACCACUACAAAGAGUGCUGUGAUGUUUUUAAUUAAAUGAGCCAACUUCUUCUGUAAUAAAAUGAUCCCACUGGAAAGGUCAUAGGCAGCAGCAGCACUAGUAGUAGCAGCAGUUGCACUGACAGUAGGACUUAUCCUUGUAAGUUGUAUUGCAAUUUAUUCCUUAAUAAAGGCACUGUAUGCA